CGAGUUACGGCCACAGUUUCCCCCUUUCCUCUGUUCAUCAUCACCUGCAAACCCUUGAAAGCUCUCCCCCGCACGGAAAUCCUAGCUCGCCGAUCCUUCCAAAGAGGCGAUCGAAUCGUUUUUUUAUCAUCGAAUCUUCGAUCGGAACCCAUCGCGGCGCCCGAUCGGCGUUCUCGUCGUCGUCGCUCGAGUCUCUCCGGAUUUCUUUACUUCCUCGUCGGCGAGAUAGGGUUUCGAGAAUACGGGAAAUAUAGGGUUUUUCCGGCAUGAGGUUGGAUGGAUGAAGGAUGCCGGAGCUCCGUAGCGGAGUGCGGAAGGGGCGAGCGCAGGCGAACCCGAUAGUCCAGGCCGAGAGGCCGACCGCCGCCAGGAGGAGGAGGGCGCCGAGGAACAAGGCGCCUCUGGUGAAUGAGAACCCGGUGAACACGUCCGCCGAACCGAGGGAGGAGAUCAGGUUUCUGGAGGGCCGGGGCGAGGUCGGAGGGUUGGUUGGGGACGAGAUCAAGGAAGGGGUCGGCGAAAGGAAGAUGGAUGACGGCGAUAGCGGGGCGAGGAGCGCCGAUAAGCUCCCCGGUGGGGAGGACGAGGGAAGCACGGCGCCCCUUCCGGAAAAGGUCCAGAUCGGAAAUUCACCUUUGUAUAGAAUUGAGAGAAAACUAGGAAAAGGAGGAUUUGGUCAAGUGUACGUUGGGCGCCGUAUUUCAGCUACUAAUGCAAAUGAUAGGGUUACAGUUUCCAGUGCUGUGGAGGUGGCUUUAAAGUUUGAGCAUAGAAGCAGUAAAGGAUGUAACCAUGGACCCCCGUAUGAAUGGCAAGUUUACAACACUCUUGGGGGCAUUCAUGGUGUGCCGCGUGUCCAUUACAAGGGUCGCCAAGGAGACUAUUAUGUCAUGGUUAUGGAUAUGCUGGGACCAAGUCUAUGGGAUGUCUGGAAUAAUAACUCGCACACAAUGUCCGUUGAAAUGGUUGCGUGUAUUGCUAUUGAAGCAAUCUCCAUACUGGAGAAGAUGCAUUCGAAAGGGUAUGUGCAUGGGGAUGUAAAGCCUGAGAACUUCUUACUCGGGCCUCCUGGGACUCCUGACGAGAAAAAAUUGUUUCUUGUUGAUCUUGGCUUAGCCACUAGAUGGAAGGACAAUUCUACAGGUCUGCAUGUAGAGUAUGACCAACGUCCAGAUGUCUUCAGGGGAACAGUGCGAUAUGCUAGUGUUCAUGCUCACCUAGGAAGGACAGCAAGCAAGAGAGAUGAUUUAGAAUCCCUUGCUUAUACGCUAAUCUUUCUUCUCCGUGGCCGUCUACCAUGGCAAGGAUACCAGGGAGAGAACAAAGGUUUUCUUGUCUGCAAAAAGAAGAUGGCUACAUCUCCAGAGUCUUUAUGUUGCUUUUGCCCACAGCCCUUCAGACAGUUUGUGGAGUAUGUUGUCAACUUAAAGUUUGAUGAAGAACCUAAUUACGCAAAGUGCAUUUCUCUCUUUGAUGGCAUAGUAGGUCCAAACCCAGAUAUCAGACCAAUUAACACAGAUGGUGCUCAAAAGCUUAUAUAUCAGGUUGGUCAAAAGAGAGGCCGGCUGAUGUUGGAAGAAGAGGAUGAUGAGCAGCCAAGGAAGAAGGUUAGAAUGGGGAUGCCUGCAACACAAUGGAUUAGUGUUUAUAAUGCUCGGCGACCUAUGAAGCAAAGGUAUCACUACAAUGUUGCGGAUGGGAGGCUUGCACCACAUAUUGAGAAAGGAAAUGAAGAUGGUUUAUUUAUCAGUUGUGUUGCAUCUUGUACAAAUCUUUGGGCCCUGAUAAUGGAUGCAGGCACUGGUUUUACUGCUCAAUUGUAUGAACUGUCACCAAAUUUUCUUCACAAAGAAUGGAUAAUGGAGCAAUGGGAGAGGAACUAUUACAUUACUGCAUUAGCAGGAGCAAAUAAUGGUAGCUCCUUGGUAGUAAUGUCCAAAGGUACACAGUAUGCACAGCAGUCCUACAAAGUUAGUGAUUCAUUUCCUUUCAAGUGGAUAAACAAAAAAUGGAGAGAGGGCUUCUAUGUCACUGCCAUGGCAACUGCUGGAAGUAGAUGGGCAGUUGUCAUGUCCCGUAAUGCUGGCUUUUCAGAUCAGGUUGUUGAACUUGACUUCUUAUACCCUAGUGAAGGUAUUCACCGUAGGUGGGAUAACGGCUAUCGUAUAACUGCAACUGCUGCAACAUGGGACCAGGCCGCGUUUGUCCUUAGUGUGCCCAGGAGGAGGCCUGCGGAUGAAACACAAGAGACUCUCAGAACUUCGGCUUUUCCUAGUCAGCAUGUGAAGGAUAAGUGGGCAAAAAAUCUUUAUAUUGCAUCUGUUUGUUAUGGACGCACUGUUUCGUGAGUUUCCCUGUUUUCUUUUGGGAUGAUGAAGGCAUAACCCCACUCAUGUUACAACCCUGGCAUCCUGUCAUGUUGGAGGUCAUGAGAGCUUAAACUUUUGGAAGGCAACUGCCCUAGAUUUUGAUGCGCAAACUAUACUUAAAUGUUACCAAUCUCUGAUGUCAGCUAAAGCUAACAAAUGGUGCAGUCUCAUGUCAAGUUUUUAAGAUGCCCUCACUUGUGCUAUCAAAUUAGAUUGGAUGGCGGACAUCCUUAAUUAUCGUUAAGUUUGUAUAGUGAAUGAACAUUUACUCAUUUGGUUACAACUCUGUAUCAAUAUAUUAUUAGGCAUUCAAUGUAACUGAUAUGACCAUGCACUUGACCAUGGCAUUUGUACUCUUUUUCUUCUUCUAUGACUUCUAUCAAAUUCUUGGCUAACUUAAAUAUGGGGCAAAUUCCAAAAGA